CGCCGUCGGCUUUACGUCUGUUAUUUGCGCUAUACACACGCCCGCGCCGUUCGAAUCGCGCCGCAUACUUUCGAUACACCGACCGCCUUUGUUUACUCCCCACGCGCGCUCAUACAAAACAGCUGUUCCUAGCGAUCUGUCGUGAUCACUGUUAGUGUCGUUUUGUGUGCCAGAUAGGAAUAAGUGUGACCCGUCCUGUGUUCGUAUGUUUAUUGUGUGUUCAUGGGGUUCGCGGCGCGGCCCUAAAGUGCAGCAGUGCUGAGCUCGCAGUGUGACGCGAGCGACUUGGCCAUGGCGGCGACUGCCCGGCGGGAAAUAGACACGGGCGAGGAGGAUAUAGCUGCCAUCGCCAAACAGAUUUCUGAUCAUGCGGAAGCAAUAUAUCAGACUUGGAAAGCGCGUGGCCUUGCGCCCACGGAGAUUUUGUCAUGCAGGCCCACGCCCGGGCUCAAGCUGGCUGAGAGCUUGAGGACGAAACCGAAACCAGAGCCUAAGCCUGACAUAAAACAACGUCCAGAGUUUCGUAGAGACCGCCCAGAGCUACGUGAGCAACGAUCCGAGUUACGUGCCGAGAGAACAGAACCAAGACGAGAUAUUCGACAUAAUCCGGAAAACGAGACAAUAGAAGUUACGCUACCGCCAGAUUUAGUACCGGAGCGUAACGGAACUGGGUCUGGAACGAACGUUAGACGCGCUGAUGUCGCUGCAAUGCGGCUGGAGGUAGCUCGAGAGGAAGAAAGACUUCUUCGAGCUUUGCGCACAGGGGGGGUUGUCGCCGAGCGUCCUUCAGAAAGGCCCGAUGUCGUACCUCCCGUUUCACUUGUAGAUUAUGCUAAAAGUCGGUAUCAGGACCGGUUGGAUACUGGGGCAAGAAAGCCAGCAGCGGGCGCUAGUGGAGAGCGGAGAGCUUCGUUUGGUUCUCAUGUCACUGAAGCCAGAUCCAAAUUUGAGGCACGAGCUCGUCGCGCUUCUAGUGCUGGCACUGGAGAAGCCGCGUCUUCACAGGGCACUGCGCCUGUUCGUCCUUUUCUAACGCGUGGUUCUGUAGCUGAGCGUGUACUUAUGUUUGAGCGAUGUCCUAGUGAAGCAACGCUAGAAUUAGCGAAAAGGAAGUCUCCGGCAGCCACUACGUGGCGAGGACCGCACGAUGUCAUUAUAAGAGCACAGAACUACGCAGCGUCGACUCCCCCAAAGCCAUCAUCAGCGCCCGCGCAUACGACUCUCCAGCGGUCAGUGCGCGCGGCGGGACCUUCGCGAGUCAUACCGCGCUUUCAUUUCCCCAAAGGCCGACCACCGCCCGCGCACCAGCAGGACCACGCACUACAUAAAGUACAGUCAGCGUUCGCGACCUUCCCUAAUAGUCAGGUGCCGAGAGAAAGCUUUAAGCAUAUCGUGAAAGCGUGCGAAUGUCCAGUCUACUGGAAGAUGCCAUUGUUCCUGGCCACACAACAGAAUCUCAACGCUGCGGUCGAUGGGCAUAAGUUCAUUGAUUUCUGGAGAGAAAUGACAACACAAUGUCACGACCAAGCGUCCCGGUUUGUGUACAUCCUCACCCGAGGCAAGAGCAACACUCUCACCCCUGAAGACUUCGUGCCCCUUGUGCAGGACGUUGUGGACACGCACCCCGGGCUUUCGUUCCUAAAAGAAGCUACAGAAUUCCACUCCCGUUAUGUUCAUACUGUGAUCGCUAGGAUAUUUUACUGCGUUAACCGAUCGUGGUCUGGAAGAUUAUCGAUACCGGAACUCAGGAGAUCUAAUCUACUCCAAGUUAUACAACUCUUAGAAGACGAGGAAGACAUCAAUCAAGUUACGCAAUACUUUAGUUACGAACACUUCUAUGUCAUAUAUUGCAAGUUCUGGGAGUUGGAUAAAGACCACGACUUGUUUAUCGACAGACACGACCUUGCUAGACAUAACGACCACGCUCUGUCUAGCCGCAUGAUCGAGCGAGUGUUAUCCGGGUGUGUAACGCGCGGUAACCAGAACCGUUUGACACCUGACGGCGAGCCUCGUAUGUCGUACACUGAGUUCGUGUGGUUCUUACUCGCAGAAGAAGACAAAACUCAUCCCACAGCUAUUGAAUACUGGUUCAGAUGUAUGGAUUUGGAUGGCGACGGCUUUAUUUCCAUGUAUGAGUUAGAAUACUUCUAUGAGGAACAAAUGCAAAGGAUGGAGGCCAUAGGAAUUGAAACUUUGCCAUUUAACGACUGUCUGUGUCAGAUGUUGGACAUGGUCCAUCCAGCUGAAGAUGGCAAGAUAACUCUGACCGAUCUAAAGAAAUGCAAGUUAACACCGAUAUUCUACGACACUUUCUUCAAUCUGGAGAAGUACCUCGACCACGAGCAGCGAGAUCCGUUCGCUACACAGCGUGAUUCGGACUCUGAGAUGUCAGAAUGGGACAGAUUCGCGGCUGAAGAAUACGAACUUCUAGUGGCCGAGGAAGGCGGUAGCGACGCCCAGGACCAAAUCUCUUACGAUGAGACAGACGAAGACUGUUUAUCGCCUAAUCUAGAUGACGUUACGAACACUGAGGUAGUCGAAGAUUCCAGCAUGGAUGAAUCAACUCUAAGCGAAGGAUAUACCAACAUUGCUGCCCGCGUUAAAGAACCCGCGGGUGUCGCGGCUGGCCCGCGGACCGUUGGGGCUCCGCCUGCCGCUGGCUUCGUAAACCUUAGUUCCAUAUAUUCAAUUGGUAACAGCGAGAAAUGGACCAAUCAAAAUAAAAACGUAACACCAGAAAGAAAAGGAGAAAAACCCAUCCCACCCGAAAAGCCCGUCAGCUUGAUGAUGAUGAACGGCAAAAUGGACAAUAGAUGCGGUGGUUUUGGCAACAACAGUUUUCUUUACUCGCAACUCCUAAACUCUAGCAACAGUGGAGCUAGAGCGAAAGAUCCACCGUCUUAUACAGCAGCUACCAGCGGAGCACUUUUCGACAAAAAUGGCGAAGCAAAAAAAAUGAUAACAUCACCCAGUAAGGUCAAAUCACCAGUUUUGAGUCCAGUAAAUGGUGUAAGUAAAAUCUCUGACAAUUAUGAAAAAGCUGUAGCCGAAAGAUUGAGCCCUCAAAGAGAGAUAUCUAGACUGAACCGUAGCAGUCUUUUUAGUAAGGUUAAUACUGGCGUCGUAUCUGGUAAAGUCAAGAAGACCCGCAACCACGAAGAAGAAGACGAGGAUUACGCGAGAGAUAGCGACGAAUGUUCCAUUUAGACUCUGUUGAAGGUGUUAUGCCUAUUAUAAUAAAUGAAACUGUAUUUAAUGUGAUCACCAUUAAGUGUCAUCGUAAUUAAAUGUGCAUCGUAAUUAAAUGUGCAAAUUUAAGGUUGGUGAAGUUUUACAUCAAUGUUGAAGUUACAAUGUUGUGUUUUUCAGAGAAAUAUUUUUCCAGCGUAUCCUAGGUUCGGUACGUGCCUUGUGAGUGUAGAACAAUACCCUUGUGUGGACACUAAACGUAGGCUUAGAAGAUGUAGUAAGAUGUAGAAAAUAAAGUGCGUUAUUCUUCGGGGACGGUUUUAGAGGGUGAACGGUGUGUUUUAACAUCGCUAAAGUUAGUUUCAGCAUUUUAUUAGUAUUAUGGACAUUUAACAAUGUUAUUUUAAUUAUGUAUUUACUGUAGCGUAUAAGCAUAUCAAAUUAUAGGCAUGGUUCAGAUGUACUUAGUUUAGGAAUGUUGAAUCAUGAGCAAUGGCGUAUGUCGUUACAAUAAUCUUUACCACAAUCAUAUAGAUAGGUAUUUUAAUAACAGCUUCCUGUUUCAUAAAGCUAAAAACAACAAGAAUCAUUACACAAUACAUAAAAUAUAAAAAGGCCUCGAUAUAAUCCGUCAACGCAAAUCGCUAUCGCAAUUACUCAUAUCAUCACUCCAUCCAUCACAGAUUAAAAUAUUUUGGAUAUAGAAAAUAUAAAAAAUAAAAAAACAAAAAAUAAAGAUUUACUGAUCACAGUCAAAAGCUUUUUUUACAUCAAAAUUAAAUUAUAGUAAACACGCACAGUUAUUAUUUAGAUAACAAAAUAUUUUUAUAAGACGUCUCGUUCGCAUAGUUUUUUAAAAUAUAUAUAAUCGUGUCAAAUUAAUUCGAUAUAUCAAUGUAUCGAUAGUUUUUCAUGACGACGUUCAGAGACGAAUAGAACGAUUAGGCAAUGGUUAGACUAGGAUAAUACGAGUAUUAUUUAAAUUUUUAGUAACAUAAAAAAAAAUAUGUACGUGUAGUUUUAUAUAGUAAAAAUCUUGGGGCCCAUGCGAUUUCUUUCGCGAUUAUUUGCGCCAUCAGAUCAAUCAGUAAAACCGCCUGUGCAAACCAUACUGCAAUAGUUGCGCCUUCGUCAACGAUGCGGUUGCGCGGUUUUACUUAAAAAUAUAAUCAAAAACACCUCCAAUUAAUAUUCACAUAAUAUAUUUUGAAUCUCAAUAUGUAUACAUCAUACCAUUCAUUUUUCUAUUCAAAAUUAUUUAUUUUAACGAGAUAUACAUCAAAUUGUCAUUGAUAAGAAUACUGUAACAAUAUAUCAAAUUUUAUGACAUUCGACGAUGAACAUAAAUGUUAAAGGAAUCGUGACAAAGUAUUUAAUAAUAAAAAUAAACAAGACAGCUGUAUAUAAGCUUGUAGAAAAUACAGGUAGAUCACAAUUUUUCUCUAGUCUACAGGGUGCUGAAUACGAGCUAAUUGACGGUCUACCUUUCGUAAACUUUAGUUUCUCAAAUGUGUACCACGGCCAAAGAAUGGGUUGUUUAAAUUGCCUAUAAAAUGUUGACUAAUCAUAUAUUCGACUUUUGUUCUUAGAUAUACUUAGAUAUAUUUGAAAAAUUUUAUUUAAUUUUAAAUAAAUUUUUUAUUAUUCAAUUUUGUGAUUACUCAUUUGAAUUGUAAAAUUGUUUUAAGUAAAUGUUAUGACGAUGUAUAUGUAAUGUACAAUACAUUUAAAACAUAUUCGUGCCUCAUUAUUUGUUAGAUUAAUUUUUAAAGAAUGCCUAAUAUUUCUUGGAAUUCGUGAAUCUUUUGUUACUAAUAUUACUAGUCAUUUCAAUUCUUCGUCAAACUGAAAAUCACAAAUGAUUAACAUCUACCAAUUAAUUAUUAACCAAAACAAUUGUUCAUGAGUUUAAUAAAUUUUAUUAAUAUGUUGUAACCUUUGUAAGUUGUUUUUAAAGUUUAAGAACGUAAAUAUUUAUUAGGCGAUUAUAAUGUUUCAUUUUUACAGGGACAUUAAACAAGGGGCUUGAUAAACAAUAACAAAAUAACACAAAAAAAAGCUAAAACUAUAAAAUAAUUUCAACUCAUAUAUAUUGGGUUAGCCUCUGUUCCUUAAAUAUUGUAAGACCUAAUUAGUUUAACAGCUAUUGUUAAAUUAUGUUUGACAAUAAAUCAUUUUCAUUUAUUUGUAUUAUAUCUAUUACGAUCUUAAUAUGUAUAUAUUCUUAGAUCGUAUAUAUAUAAUUUAUAUCAUGUUAUAUUUAUCAUAGCUAUUUACCUAUAGCGCAAGACAAGCUUAUUACUCUAAUUAUAUUUCUAAUUAAGUUAUUAAACUUGUUAAACCACCAAAGUGAGGGAGGAAGCUUUCAUUUUCUUGUUAAACGAGAUGGCCAAGAAAGUAAGUACUACUAUAUGUAAUUUAACAAGCUGGUUAAUUUUUCAUAUUAUUAAAAUAAAAACUCGAAAGUUUCACUUUUUUAGUAAUAAAAUAUUGUAUUCAUAAGUAUUAAAACAAUAAUGACAACAGCUCGGGUGUAUUCAGUUAUAUUUAGAUAUAUUUUUUUUGCUAAAAAUAAUUGGAAUUUAAAGUUUGUCUAUGUAAGUGUUAUAAUAAAAGAACCAAUAUCUUCCAACUUAUAACCCCAAGCCAUUAAUUAUAUUUAAGUAGUGCCAUUAAUAUAAUAUUUGUGUGUUAGUUUGUGUGACAAUGACUGAAUAUGAUCUUAACUAAUGUAAACCUAAAUCCAUAAAUGUGACGUUUUAUUUUUUGAAUACUGAUAAUGAUAAAAAUGUUGCAUUUGAACAAUGCUGAUUAUAUUUUGAUAAAGCCUGGUAGUCAUAAUCAGGUUCAAGUAAAUUUCAAACAUUGUCAGGUAAUUCUAUAAAUGGAAAAUAUUUUCUGUAAAAUCUUUUAUUUAUUAAGUAUUACACAUUUUUUUAAUUAAAAACAAUGCAUUAUAUUAUUCUUUUUUAAAUUUUAAUUAGGCUUGUUUGUCAUAAUGACAAUAUGUUUAGGGGUAUUUGACUUAUACAUUGUAUUUUUAAAUACUUAUUAAACAAUGUAUGAUGUAGAAAUUUGGGAGUUUGAAUAUUUAUAGAAAAAAGUGACAUUUUAGUCAUACGACAUUGGUUUUGACCACUCAAUUAAAUCUAUGACCUAAAUCACAGUACGGAAAUAUUUGUAUCUGUCGGUGAAGAAAAAUUUUAAAAUACUAAGAUAAAUACAUAAUAUGUAUUGUCACAUAUUAUAAUACGAUAGACACAGAUGUAGCCGUAACUUAAUACUUAUUUAUAGUUUUUAUGCGUGUAACCACACCAAGUGGUAAGUUAUGUUGCUAGAAUAUUAUUACAAUAAAACCAAAACAAGAUUUUUUACAAAUGUUAGUGACGACGUAGUUCGAUGUGUUAACACGGAGGUAUGAGACCUAAUUAAGAAUCCUAAUAAAGUACAUUAUUGUAUUUCA